AAACUCACAAUGGGGGCAUUUCUAUUUUUUUUUCGAGAGUUUGUGCAUGUCCACUUCACAAUGUGCUGUUGCUGAUUGAAGUGAAUAUCACUUGCGGGUGUGUGUAAACUUUGUGGGGCCGUCAAGGACAUAAUUCAGGAUUAGCUUUCAUGCACACGCUACUGAAAUGAUCUUGCACACAUUGUUGACACUAUUUUUUUUUUGCUUGCACACAAAACUGAAAUCCUCUCACACCACGACUGAAAUGCAUUUUUCAGUGUACGAACGUAUUUCAAGAUGAUUUCGGAAAGGAUUUCAGUAGCGUGAAGGAAAGUGCUUCAGUAGUGUGUGAGAGUGUUUCAGUAGCAUGUCUAAAAGAGUAUUUCAGUAGUGCAUGUGAGAGAAUAAUACAGUAGCGUGUGAAUGAAAGCAUCAGUCAGUGCGAGUAUGUUUCAGUAGAAGUGUUUGAGAGAGCAUUUCAGUGCUCUGUGAGUGAUGUUUUCGGUAAUUUAAUGUGAGAAUUUUUCAGGAGUGUGUCUGUUUUAGUAAUAUGCCCGAGCGCAUUUCAGUAGUGCGUGUGAGAGCUUUUCAGUCGCAUUCGUGAGACAGUUGCAGUGGUGUGUAUGACAGCCUUUCAAUAGUGUGUGUAAGAGCUUUUCAGCAGCGUGCAUAUGGGAGUGUUUCAGUAGAAUGUGAGAGCUAUUCAGUUGCGUGUCUGACAGCAAUUCAGUAGUGUGAAAUGAGAGUAUGUCAGUCAUGCAAACAAAAAUUUCAGCAGUGUGUAUUAGCUUAUCAGCAUUUGUGAGAACUUUUCAGUAAUGUGUAUAUGAGAGCAUUUCAAUAGUGUGUGUGAGAGCUGGUCAGUUGCACGCAGAAAAGUGUUCAGUGAGUGUAAGAGCAAUUCAGUGGCGCGCAUGAGAGCGUUUCAGUUGUGAGGACCUUUCAGUUGUGUGUCUGAGAGCGAUUCAGUAGCGUGUGUGACAUUAUACAUCUAAGUAUGAGAGCAUAUACAUCGUGUGUAGAAGGAUUUCAGUCAUGUGUGAGCUUUUCAGGAGCAUGUGUGAGAGCAUGUCAGAAUUGUGUGAGAAUACCUUCAAGAUGGCGCCAUAGUUGGCAGCCCGCUGCAAGAGCUCUGCUUUUUUUCUGGUUGUUUUUGUCUCUUGUUUUGUCAUAUGGUGUUUUUUGUCCUUCGUGUGGACCCGUUGUGGACUGUUUUCAGCUUUUUGACCACGACAUUCGUCGAAGAAGAAUCUUUGCUCGGUUAGUUGGGCCUUCUGGGCAGUACGCAUGUACCAGCACUGGUUUUGAUGGAGGGGAAUGUCGACACAAUUAAACUGUCGCCGCUUGACAGCCCUCACGGUGUGUUUUUUGCGCCUCUAAUGGGCAGCAUUUUUCACAGCCCCGUUUGGUUCAGCGGAGAUGUCGACGCUGUUGGACAGUUUGCGUUGGUGUGGCUGGAUGGAACUCAGAGUCGCCACUUGCAAUUGAAGCCGAUGUAUAAUUGACAGAAGUGAACAAUUUAUUUUAUCGUCAUUGGAUGCUACAUCUUCUUGUUCACUUUAAAGUAACUUGUAGCCGACGUGUGGGACGUCAUGCAAGUUUUGAGCAUGACGUCUCUGAUCCACUGGUGAAAGGAGACUUUGAUUCUCUUGUUUUUUUCUUUCUUUCUUGCUUUGCUUCCUGAAAUGGCAACUUGUGUUAUCAUGCUACAAGUAUAAACAAGAUGACCUGUUCAGUCGUGUAGUUCAAGUCUAAAUCAAGUCACUUCGAUACUGAGUCAAGUUGUUUCCAUGUUUUUGGCCAGCAAGUCACAAUUCCUAAAAAUAGUCUAACUUGAGUCCCCCUCACUGGAGUGUGUGAGAGAAAAAAACAUUAGAAGGGUUUAUACGUGCGUUUCAGUCUUGUACAUGAGACCAUUUUAGUUGUGUUUGUUAGAAGUUGACUAAAUAAUGACCCUGAUGCUCCCUCACAGUAAACAGUGCAAAGUUCAAGUAUUGAUCUCCAAGCCCAGGAUGACAAGUGCAGAAAUAACGAUUACCUUCCUGGUCUGCCGAAGCGUCUGACAUUCUCGAGAUCGUGCACCUCGAGACGAAAGUGGCAAACCUGUUUUGAGCCGCGCACGUGUCGUGUACCCGCAGACAUGGACGGCGUGUUGGACAGUGCGUCGGUGUUGUGCGUCUUCAAGCUGGUGUGCAACCUCCUGUGCCUGCCCUCGCUGGCGACAUCGCGCAGUCCCGUUGGAUUCUGCGGCUGCUGCAUCCUCAUCUUCACCGACUUCCUACUCACAGUUUACCUGAGCUUCCUGGGCCUCUUUGAGUCGUGGCUCGUCGAGCUCGUUCCACCGCUGGGCGUCAUCGCCCUGCGCUUCCUACUCUUCUUGAGCCACACCUAUGGCGCCGUGCUGAUACUCCUCACACCCCUCGUCGCUGUAGAGACCUUCGGCAAAUUCCUAUGGAUGACGAGAGAAGAAGAAGACGACGACGACGACGAGGAUGAAGGCAGGGAUGAAAAAGGUGGCUGGCAGUGUCACGCGAUUGGUUACCUGUGCUGUUUGUCGGUGUGGGUGGCGGUGGCGCUCAGCCUGCGCUGUGGAUGGAGGUUGGAGGAAGCCAGGGCAACUGCUUGUUUGGCUCGCGGUGGCUCUUUGAUGCGGUGCCUGCCCAACCUGCUGAGUCCCCUGCCCAGCGCGAUGCGCCCCUGCUGGGGUGUGGCUUUGCUUUACUUGAUCCUGAUCCUGCUCACCUGCUCGCUUCUUCUUCUCACACAAGCGAUGGCGAGCGACAGCCAACGAUGUUCCUCUAAGGAGAAAGUUUGCAUGACGGCGCCCCUUCAGAUGCCGCGCAGGAAUGGGCGGCGGGGUUCGAAUUUGGCACUGGCCUUGCUGGCUGUGCUCGGCAUGCUGGUGCUUCCGCUUUACCUUGGUGUCAAUGUCCUCCUGCUGAGGAGCGUGGAGACCCUCCUGGAGGCCUGCAUCAGUUUCUUUUUGGCGUCGGUCUCGCGAGGCUCCAGCACAGAUGUCGUCACGUUGGUGUGAAGCGAUCGCACGUCGAUUGGAAAGGGAUUACGGGAUUAAGGGACAAUGUUUACAUGCGGGGACUAGAACGCCGGUAAAAUGCUGACGAGGCAAGUUGAGGGAGGCUUGCUGGCUAAAGCCGUGGAAGAUUAUUGGUCACUUUGAGGACCACAACGUAAUGACACUGGUGUUCAGUAAUAAAAAUAUGAUCAGUAUCAUGCAGAUCUUUGUUAGGUUGAUUGAAGAUUCUGAAUUGUACAUAAAUUUGACUGUGCGUGUGAAUGGUUGUUAGUCAAUAUGUUCCAUGUGAGAGGAUGGGGACCACUCCAGGGUGUAUUGAAUAGUGUGAAGUCCUGCUCCGAGCAAUUGCACUCCCCCCUCUCCAACAACUGCGUACAGAUGCCACAAAAUAAUGGAAAAGCACUACUUUUAAGAGCUUCGAAUGCUCUAAAAUGGAGCUCAUUUCAACAUAGUUCCUUGGCACCAAAGCAUUGGACUGACGGCCUAAAGCUCCUCCCCUUACUUCAUCACAAUUCAUUGUCAUCAAGAUUCCACAAGAUGGUACCAAAGCAUUGGACUAUCUAAAUGAAGCUCCUCUUCUACUUCAACAUAGUUCCUUGGCACCAAGACGGCUUCCAAGCAUCGGAUUGUCAAAAUGGAACACCUCUCCUCAUUUCAGCAAAGUUCCUAAGCACCAAGACCACUCCACUACCAAGUACCGGAUGGACUAAAUGAAGUUCCUCCACUCAGUUCAACAUCGUUCCUUGGCACCAAGAUGCCACAAGGUGGCAUCAAAGCAUUGGGCAGUCUAAAGGAAGCACAUCUUCACUUCAACAUAGUUUUGGGGCACCAAGGCAGUUGGACUAGCAUUGGGCUAAGUGAAUGUAGCUCCUCUUCUCACUUCAACAUACGUAGUUCCUUGACACAAAUAUGUCACAAGUUGGCUACAAAGCACUACCACUCACUGAGACAGAUUGUCAAAAUGAAGCUCCUCUUUUUGCUUCAACAUAGUUCCUUGGCACCAAGCUGAACUUUAUUUGACAAUAAAGUUGUACUUGACUAGAAAGCUAACUGUGAUAGCACAAUAGAAAGAGGAAGAAUGAAUAGCACUGAUUAAAAAACAAAAAAACAAAAAAAAAAUCCAGUGAGGACAAAAAGUGAUAACAAGGACUAAUUGUUCUAAUGAUGUUUUUGACUGUUACAACAAAAAUAUUUAAACAUAAAAAGACAUACAACAGAAUCGCAUCAGAAAAUAUAGGAAAAAAAAGGCGGAUGCGCUAAGCAGGGUGGACGACUAAUUAGCACGUCCGCUUCACAGUGCAGAGUGCAGGGUUCCCCGCCUACGUCCCGGAGACAGCUGGGAUAGGCUCCAGCAUGAAAGUGGACUGAUGCGCUAAUUGUUCUGUUACAACUUCAAAUGAUACUGCUUUUGAAGAAAAACUCAAUUUAGAAAAUUAAUCAAAAGGUCACAAAAGAGAAUGCAGUCAGAACUUAAUUACAUCGAAAUCAAACAUAGGCGACACUGAUUUGUCUGAUAAAAGAAGGUGCGGCCAAUGCAAUGAGAUCUGUUUACACAUACUGUACUGUAGUGAGUUACAGGUGUGCAGCCCCCCCCCCCCGCACCCACCAAAAAAAGGGGGGGUGGAUAAAACCAUAACACAGGAAAUUACAGGCAAAAAACAGUUCUACAAUAAUAAAAGUAUAACAGUUAUUUGAAAAAAUAACAAAGUGUCAUACAUGAUUUCAGAAAUUAGGAAAUUUACUAUGAAAAUAUAUUUCAAAAUAAAAUCAGGCAUCGGUUUUAUUUCACAAUUUUCUUUUUUUGCUUCAUUUAAAAAAAAAAGUGUAAACUGAUUGAGCAGCACAGUUUACUAGUGGUUACUAGUGGUUAGCACACCCGCCUUACCCUUUUUUUGAGUCAAGGUUUGGAUUUCUACUGUGACCUUCCUGUGUGGAGUUUGCAUGUUCUCCGUGUCGAUGCGUCUAUCCCGUGUUCAUUGAAGACUGUGGGUGUGAAUGUGAGUCUGUUUGUUGACAUGUGACCUGUGAUUGACUGGCAACUAGCCCGCUCAGAGGUUCCAGCUCACCAGUUGACCUUAAUGAGGACUGAAGUGCUUUAAAAAAAUGGAUGGAUGUCUGGUCAUUUUUGUAUUAAAUUUAUUUAAACAUGAA